AUGGCCCGGUACUUGGUGAGGAUCGUUCUCUUGGGGGCCCAGUCGAUUGGCAAGGCGUUCGCGAAGACGGUGCGUCAGGAGGUCGAAGUUUACAGAGAGGCAGCCCGGGUGCAUGCAGCGCAGUCCGCCACCUUUAAUCCCACCAAAACCGAUGCUGCGCUCAAGGGUAUGACGCUGGAAGAGGCGCAGCUGAUUCUGAACGUAAAGGAUGUGCUGGAUCGCGGAGAAGUCGAGAACAAGUUUCAGUACUUGUUUCAUGUCAAUCAGAAGAAUGCAGGCGGAUCGUUCUACAUUCAAUCGAAGGUCGUUCGGGCCAAGGAACGUAUUGAUCAGGAGAUCAAGAAGUGGGAGGCCCAGACCGUGGCUCAGUCAGAGUCCAAGUAG